CUUGACCUGUUACUGUAAUAACAAGACACGGAGCGAGGAACAGUGGACGUCCUUCGACUGACCCACAAGUCGCCCCCCCUUCUCCUGACACACAAAUAUACAUGCAUCACUGUUAAGCUGGUAGACGAGACCAACUCGACUAUUCGGGGUACAGAAAUGUGAUUAUAUACAUUAGGAUCAAGUUUUGAUAUUUACUAACGUGCCUCGGUUUGACCUUCGCCAUACUGAGAAUCAUCUUGAAAUAAAUUUACUUCAUCACUAAGUUGAUAUCUCACAUUUGUAAAAACAUUACUGAGACACGCACGUGUCACUCAAGGUAAACGGGGUUCUGGUCUGUGUGGCCGAGCGUCCUUCCGCGGGACAGUCGCUAGUGUUCGAGUGAGGUGUCGCAUAAUGAUAGUUAUUAACCGUGCUCCAAAAUGAUUGGCAUCCUAACCUGCAAUUGAUAUUACCGUUACAAUACGGGUGUGACAGGGUCGGGACGGGUGUGCGCGGCGGGGGUCGCGGGGGGGACAUAAGUAAAAUAGCGUGCACAGAACUCGGAUGCGCAAACGCUCGUCGAUAUGUAUGCCGUGGCAUUGUUGACGGGCACUUUAAUCGCACUGACCGGCGCUCGCAUCUACGACCGCUGUGAACUGGCGCGCGAUCUCCUGAGACUGGGAGUACCGAGGGAUCACGUACCCACGUGGGUGUGCAUCGCAUUCCACGAGUCUCGUUACGAUACGACGGCGCGGAAUCCAAACAGUGGUGACCACGGGCUGCUGCAGAUAAGCGAGUUGUACUGGUGUGGGCCAGGCAAGGCCUGUGGACUGCCCUGUUCUGCUCUCAGAGACGAUGAUAUCACAGACGAUGUGCGCUGCGCUCUACAGAUAUACAAGGAGCACACGAGACUGCAAGGAGACGGAUUCAUGGCUUGGGUGGUUUACCCGCAUUACUGCAGAAGCAACCCAAAGAAGUAUUUAGUGGAUUGUGAUCACUCCGUUAAAAGUUAUUCAGAAAAGAUCGACGACAACCCGCGGCGCGCUAAAACGGAUUUCCUGAAUUUUACGUCGCACCAGUUUGUAGACACUAGUUACGACAACCGUCCAUUACCGAACUACUUGAGUAUAAAUUCUUUGUUUAAAGGAAAUUACUUUGAAGAAUUCGAACGAGAAUAUUAUAACAAUAACAAGCGCCCUUUCAACUGGAUUAACUUUAAAAUAGAUGGCAUAGACAACCUCAAGCUACCGGUAACAAACAGAAAAGGUCGCGUCGAGUUUGUCACUGCGCCCACCGCGACCACAUACACUACUACAACCACUCCCAGACCAACAACAACACUCGAACCUGCGUUAAGAGGAAUCAAACCCCCGUCACCGAGGAGGAUAGAGUCAAACCAGUUCCGCAGAAGAAAGAUGAAGCUAGAGGAGAUGCCACCAAAAACUGAUUCCCAUACCGAGCGUGCCACGACAACAAUACGAACGACUUCUUCAUCAGCAACUAUGACUCCAGAAAUCUCGAAAACCGCGGAACAACGUUUUGACUCCCGUUAUUAUUACUCUUUUAGUACAUCAUCAACAACAGCAAAUUCAACGACAGCGAUGCCAAUAAUUGGUGAUAAACGGACGCCAACUUUUAAGGACGUGUCACUGACUUAUCAUAAUGAAUAUUACGCUUCUCUAACGACUACAGUGAAACCCGCUACUGGAACUACUCCACGAACAACAAGUGAAAUUGAGAGCGAAAGAAAUAACGGUAUUAUACAACGUUCGACAACAGUAACACCCGAAACAACCAGUUCCGCUCUGCCUAGAAGAAGGGGAGGAGGGUCCCGCGGCUUUAGGUUCUAUUCAUCUCCUACUACAUCGACGAAUCCAUCCACACCAGCUAUAUCAAGACACGAGCCAGAAGAAAAUAAAGCCCGAAGAAUCGAAAUCACUACAAAGAGACCCGACUUUACUUUUCCUAGUUGGGCUUUCACGCAAGCAACUAGUCUUAAUAAUAAGUUAAGCGCAGGCCAAAAUUUUCAAUUCAAUAGUUCAGUAUAUUUAUCAAAACUGGGCACAAAUCCGUCAUUUAAAAUAGAUAAUAAAGAAAAUAAAAAUGAGAGGAGCACUGAAAAGACAAGUCAAGUAGAAGAAACUGUAACAAAUAAAUCAAACGGCAGUGUGUCAUCAACAGUCGUCUUUGAGGCGGUCACCAGCCAGCCGUCUGUAACAAAACCACAGUUCUCAUCAAGGGGAAAAUCUCGUUACAGUCAACCGACAACUCAGGGACCUAUAUUUGGUUCCCCAAGUUCCCCAAGUUCGCUCGCCGCAACUCCGCAAACAACAAAACUUUCAUCCGUCACAUCGAAGACGCGCUCCACACAGUCCAUAUUUGACUUGUACUUGAAUCCAACUACAAGGCCGACCUUUCAACCUUUCAGCUUUACUCCGUUCAGAACAAAUCCUCACAGAUUGAGGAUAUUUUCCGGUGGAACGACACCCGUGCCGCCGAGUUAGUCCAAAGAAAAUAUACUGUUUAAAAGAAACAGUCAAAUUAUAAUUUAAAUUCAAAAAACGAAAUAUCGAACACUGCCAUCAGCCAUGUUAAAAAAUAAAUGUUGUAUCGUUUAUGAAUAUAUGAUUAAUUUAAGCUUAAACCAAAACGCAUUUGUUAUUUUAAAAUUAAUUAUACUUUGUAGGAUUAAGUCAUUUACAUAUGUAUUUUAGUUUUACAAAUA